GCGCGGGGCGCGUCACGGAGCGCGGGAAGGACGAAAAUGGCGGCGGCGGCCGGGGGAUGAGGAGGCCGAGCCGUGAUUCCUGCAGAGCUUCCCCAGGACACUCAUUCCAGGGAGCAGCUCCCAGCCACCUCUGGGCUCUCUGCAGGGGGAUCCCACCAUGGAAGAGGUGGAUUCCCGCUUCCUGCACCUGCUGCAGCCCAUCCGGGACCUCACCAAGAACUGGGAGGUGGAUGUGGCUGCCCAGCUCGGGGAGUACCUGGAGGAGCUGGACCAGAUCUGCAUUUCCUUCGACAAUGGCAAAACCACCAUGAACUUCAUGGAGGCAGCGCUGCUGAUCCAGGGCUCUGCCUGCAUCUACAGCAGGAAGGUGGAAUACCUGUACAUGCUGGUGUGCCAGGCGCUGGACUGCAUCUCCAACAAAAAGAGGGAGAAGCUCCCCACUUCCCUGGGCCCUGACGGCCGCGAUACCGACGCCACCUUCACGGACGAGCAGGAGGAGUUCCUGUCCCUGGAUGACAUCCCAGAAACCAGCCAGGCCAGCGUGGACAUGAGGAGGGGCCAGCAGCCUGCUGCUGUGAACAUCGUUCCCCUGACCCCGAUGGCCCUGGUGCCCCCGGAAGAAGGGGAGAAGAAGGACAACCCCCUCCUGAGCCGGCGGGGCGAGGUGCUGGCGAGCCGCAGGGAUUUCCGCAUGAACACCUCCACCCCGCACGCCUCCGGCGCCUUCCUGCUGGAGCUGGCCGGGCUCUCCCCCACGCACCCGCAGCAGGAGCAGCGCCUGGGCACGGCCACAGGUACCUGGGGCUCUGGGGUGGCCGUGCCACUGUCACUGCCACUGCCAGCACUCACCUGUCGCCGUCCCCAGCAGCAGCUCCGCGAUCCGGCCCCGCGGAGCGUCCGAGCGCCGCCUCCGGCACGGCGCUGGUGUGCUGCAGAACCUGACGAUGACGACAUUCCCGAGGCCCUGGGGAAUGACAUGGAAGUGAUCCCGGCCCCUAGCGAACACAUUGAGGCUCAGAGGUCCCUCACUGUCCCUCUCCACGUUCCCCAGAGCACGCCCCGGCCCCGGGGGUACCUCCUUCGGGAGAGACCCCCCUGCCAGGAGCCCAGAGCCCUCAGCAAGGAGGAGCCCAACCCAUGGCAGAGCCUCGACCCCUUCGGAGACUCCGAGGAGAAGCCCUUCAGGAAAGGGAGGCCCUUCCUGGUGCCACACGGCCUGGAUGACAUGGUUGGAGGCAAGAGGAAGAGGAAGGGCCCGAGGAAGCUGCAGGAUUUCACGAGAUGGUUCUCUGCAGCCUACAACAACGUCACGGAGGGCCGGAAAAGCAGGAGGAAAGGCCCCACCUUCGCAGACCUGGAGCUGCUGUACUGGCGGCAGUUCAAGGAGCGGCUGGCGGCGCAAAGGAAGCUCCAGAGCCGGAGGGAGCUGCUGAGGGAGCUGGAGCCAGAGCUGGAGCAGGAGUACGGGGCCGACGGCGAGGGAGGCUCAGAUGAUGAUUUUGUGGAGCACGAGGACAUGGAGCCUGAGGCGCCAGAGGAGCUGGAGGAAGGAGCCCAGGACCCCCCUGAACUCGGCUACGAGGAGCUGGUGCGCAGGAACGUGGAGCUGUUCAUGGCCAGCUCCCAGAAGUUCGCACAGGAGACGGAGCUGUCCCAGCGCAUCCGGCAGUGGGAGGAGCGCAUGGAGCCGCUGCUGCAGGAGCAGGAGUCCCGUGUCCCCUUCGACGUGCACGCCUACAGGCUGCAGCUGACCGAGCGCUGUGCGGAGCUGGGCCAGUGGCACUCUCUGGCCAGCCUGGUGGCCGGGCAGCCCCCGUUUGAGGUGUGCCGCUACCUGCUGGCCUCGCUGCAGCUGGCCAACGACGCCGAGGUGGAGCUGGCGCAGGACGCGGGGCUGGAGCAGGCGCUGGACACGGCGCGGCUGCGGCGGCUCACGGCCCGCCCGGCGCACGAGAGGUUCCAGAACUUACAGCUGCCCUCCCAGAGAGACCCCGACCCUAAAUAAACAACCCCCCCGCUUUGCACUUCCCUAGGGGGUGCUGGGGAGGGGGUU